CCAUGCGAACUGUGAAAUGGCAACCAACAAUAACUUUGAAGAUUUUGGUCAAAUCAAAGGGAACGUGUACUUAGUACAAAAGGAGAAUGGUCCAGUUCAUGUUGAUAUACAUAUGAGCGGAUUUGAAAUGGAAGAAGGAAAAUCACACAAACAUAGCUUUUUCCUUCACGAAUACGGAGACAUGAGAAGAUCAUGUGAUUCCCUUGGUCAAAUAUACAAUCAAAACAAACGCAGACACCACAGCAGUCGAAAUAGCAUUAUGUGUGACGACGAAGGAGAAGUUCACCUGAAGUACACGGACAAGUCACUGUCUCUACAUGGAAAGCAUUCUGUGAUCGGGCGAAGUUUUGUCAUUCAUGAUGAUACAGAGGGAAGGAGAAUUGCUUGUUGUGUUAUUGGAAGAGCUGAAAUUCAUGACUACGAUGAAAUGGACAUGGAAAAAAUUCAUUUUAAUGAAGAAUUGAUAGAGCAUCAUGAUAAGACCAGCGAGGAACCAAUUCCCUUCAGACCUAACCCCAGGUUUCCAGACAGGGAUGCGACGGAGGAACCAAUUCCCUUCAGACCUAACCCCAGGUUUCUAGACAGGGAUGCGACGGAGGAACCAAUUCCCUUCAGAACUAACCCAAGAUAUCCAAACAGGGAUGCAGCAUAUUUUAUCGAUCACGAAUAAUAACUAAGACAAAAAAUCAUGUAAAUGAAUGAAAUACAGAAAUCCUAACGUUAUUAAUGGCAAUCUUAAUUGAGGGUUGAAAAUUGUGUUAUCGGUUAUUUAGAUCGUCAAACAGACACACGUUUAAAUGUUUUUGAUUGUACUUUUUACAUCUCAGGGUUUGGAUGGGUUUUACAGAAUAGAUCAUAAUAAGCAAAAUGUGUAAAGAAUUGAGAAAAAUGGUUUAAAAAUUUAAGAAUACAAAUUGAAGGACCCCCAUCCAGGCCCUCAAAUUUGUAACCUAGAUUUUAGUACCCAGUAAAAUCUCGUCAACCGUUUGAAUAAUACUGGUUAUCGUGAUUAAAUAAUUAACUUUACUGUAAAUAUUUGAUGUUAAAAUUCAACAAUUUUGUUUUAUGUCCAAUUCUUAAAAUUACACUUCGUUUUAUACAGAUGAAUGCAAUGAUUGAA